CCUGCUCUCUGUGAGAAAAUCAUUCCAUUAGAAUUUCAAUUCUUUCUUUCAAGAGAGCUCUCAAAUGGGGGAUCCUGGCUUCAUCCCUGGAUUUAUUGGUUACGCCAUUCAAUUGGCUGGCAAUCAGAUAAUUCAUCACAUCAACGUUGCCGUUCGAUGCAGAAAAGAGUUGGAUGCCCUCAAACUUUUGCUUCCCAGAAUUGAAGCCAUGAAUGUUGAAUUGCAGGAGUAUCGAAAGGCUUUGAACUCUGGCAAAUUAAGUACAUCCCCUCACCAUCCUUUGCCCUCCACAGUCAAUAGUUGGUUAAAUGAAUUGAAUCUUCUUUUGGAGGAAGCAUCUGAUUUGGCUCAGCACUGCUCUGUACCCUCUUAUUCUCGUCUCUUUUCUCGUUACACAAUGAGCAAAAAGAUCACACAAGUCACUGCAAGAUUGGAAAAGCAUUUAGCCUCAACGCCUUCUGUUGCUUUUCUGCACCAACUGCAACAGCACUUGGGCAAUCGGCAAGUUCUUCAACACAUCAAAGAGAGGGUCAAUUCUCUUAAUCUGCGUAAUCCACCACUUGCCAGCACUAGCAGUGGCACAUCUGGAGAUCUCUUUCCAUCCACUUCUUCAGCUGAUUCCAACAUCAAGUAUAUUGAGGAGGCACUCAUUGUUGGACAAGAUUCUGCAUCAACCAGACUAGAGGAGCUUAUUCAUUCAGAGCAGGACAAAAAACUGUCUCGAUUCGGCCUAGUUGGGAAGGGCGGCGCCGGCAAGACUCUGCUACUCAAACGAGUCUUCAACAGUAAUCAGGUACAGAGUCGCUUUUGCAAUGGCUUGGUGCUUUGGCUUACUGUUUCACAAAAUCCAUCUUUCAAUGCACUUAGAAGCGAUCUUGUGAGACAAAUAUCUCUUAAAGUAGAUGAAAGAUUGCAGAGUAGAGAGGAAGACAAUGUGAAAACUUGGUUGAAUCAAAGCAUGGAAAAACACAAGUAUGCCCUGUUUUUAGAUGAUGUUUGGGAUACAAGUGCAACCUCCUUGUUAGAAGAGCUGUGUGUGCCUCUCCUUCCACACAGCAAUGACAAUUCCAACAUCAUCAUUGCCACAUCAAGAAGUACGAGUGUGCUCUUAAAGUUGGGUGUUCCGCCUUCAUCACUCAUCCAAAUGCAAGAUUUGACACAGGAUGACAGUUGGAGUCUGUUUUCUUUCCAUGCUUUUCCACACAGCCAAGGAAAAUUGCCGCCGAGCAUUGACCAAGAAACUGCAAAGCAUGUCUGCAAGGAAUGCGGGGGCCUUCCGUUAGCCCUCAAAGUAAUCGGGCAUGCAAUGGCAGGUAUUGCUCAGUCAGAUGAAUGGGAAUUCGCACUCCAGAGGUUGCAGAGUGAUGUUACAGGCACGCUUUCAAGCAGAUUGAGAUUAAGCUACGAUGCUUUAGCUGACGUGCCUGGCUAUGGCAUUUCCUUGCAGUUGUGCUUUCUCUGCCUUGCUGCUUUCUCACAAGAUGAUGUCAUCGGUACUGCAGAAGCUACGACACGCUGGAUUGGAGAAGGUUUAAUGGCUGGGAUAAAUGCUUUACAAAUUGGAGAGAUAUACGUCAAUUUGUUAGCGGACCGUUGUCUUAUUGAACCAGUCCAGAAGGAUUACGAAGGAAAGGUGAUCGGUUUCAGGGUACAUGAUGUUUUGUAUGAUUUAGCACACCAAAUUGCCGAGAAGGAAGAAAAAUGCUUCUUUCAGGCAGGCAGAGGUUUAGCAGGGUUUCCAGUGGACCAGUGUUCAGGAUACGUCAGAAUUUCAUUGAGGGAAAAUAAUUUGACUAGCAUUCCCAAGGCUUUCAGAGCUCCGUAUGUCCGCUCCUUGCUACUUGAUAGGAAUCCUUCUCUGACAGAAAUUCCAAAAGAGGUGAUUGGGAGUAUGACUGCUCUGAGGGUCCUCGAUUUGUCAUUCACUGCCAUCCAGUCGUUGCCAAAAAGCAUGGGAUGUUUGAAGCAUUUGGUUUGCCUCGGGUUAUGGUCCGUGCCAAUCAAGAGACUGCCCGACUCUAUCGCUGCUCUCAAAAGCCUUCAAAUAUUAGAUCUUUAUGGAUCUGAUAUUACACAACUCCCCUCCGGCAUUUCUAAGUUGACAUCCCUAAAACAUUUGGUAGUUGAUUCCUGUAAACAUCUGCAGUGCAUGCCUUAUGGGAUCUCGCACCCCACGUCUCUGGAGUACCUCAGUGUAACUGGUUGUCCAAAUAUAGGGUGGAAUAAGCGAGGAAAAAAUCAGCUUUCAAUUACUGAUUUGGGCACCCUAAACCAACUCAAAAGGUUGGGGUUUCAAAAUAAUGGUGAAAUAAUUCGAGAAGGAAUGCUGGGAAGCAUGAAGCGGAUGGAGCAUCUACGCUUGGAUCUCACAGGUAUGGAAAGGCUACCCCAUGACUUGACUGCCAUGUCAAAAUUGAGGAAACUCCGUCUACAAUGUCUUGAAUUACUUGAAAUAGAAAAUUCAUUUUGUGAAUUUCAACAUCUGAGCUACAUUAAGUUAGUUAACUGCCGUAUCCUAGAACGACUACCUGCCUUGCACAAACUUCGGAGUCUAAAGCAGUUGGAGAUCAUCUACUGCCCCAACAUAGAGAAGUUCCCAGAGGAGUUUGGCAAGGCGGGAGGAUUUCCUAAGCUUGAGUUAUUUUCAGUGGUGGAGAUGGAGAAGUUAGAGCAGCUGCCAAUAGUGGAAGAAGGAGCACUGCCUUCACUGAAAACAUUGACAAUAAUGAAUUGUGAGGCAUUGCAGAGGCUAGCACAGUGUUACUGGAAUUUGAAGAGUAUAGAGAAGAUAAGAGUGUAUGGUUGCCCCAAUGUUCAACAUGUCAUGGCAGAGGAGAAAGAUUUUAUCAAUACACAGAGGAAGGUGCAAACAGUAACAUUAUCUAUCACAGAAACACAAGCAUUUGAAAAGCGCUUCAAUGGUAUGUUUCGCAAAUUGGAAUAUGGUCAUUACGGUGAAUAUUGGUCCAGCGAGAUUUUUCAGUUUUUACAUGACAUUAAUAUAUUUUGUUUGCUUUGAAUUA